AUGAUUUCAUCACUACUCUGGCAUUUAUAAGUACUCCACCCCACAUGGUCAAAACUUCAAGAAACCCCAACCCUGUGCAUUUUUAUUUUAAUCAGGUAGCACCUGGAAGUUGUAGUUGUCAGUAAAAAAACCCGAGUUUCACAAGUCUUGAGCACUAAACUCCAAGAGAGAGUCAGAGCGAGAAUAGAAGGAAGUUGUUGUGUGCUUCCAAGACAUUGAAGAUGGUGAAGGAGUAAUUAGCCUUUCUUAGAAUACUCGCCAUGUGUUGGAUAGAUUUGGUGGGAGACGUGUUUCCCCUGGAAGAAUCAAAGCCUGGGAACACACACUUUUGUUUUGUUCGUGCAAGAACAAGAAGACAAGGCCAAUGUGAACAAACUCACUCGGAUUUGUCAAUAGAAACAAGGAAGACAGAUCUCUCAAGCAUGAAUUUUAGCUUGUGUUUGAGCUCCCCGAUCAUUUCCAUACUUGUACAUUUCCUUCUUGUUGCUUCUUUGCUUUGUCCUGUUUGUUCCUCAGAAAUGGGCAACGCCCCAGUUGCCAACCAGACUUUUAAGCCGCAAGAAGAGGUUCACAAGAUGAACAUCAUAAGAACUCGUCUUCAGCAAAUCAACAAGCCCCCUGUUAAGACAAUUCAGAGUCCUGACGGUGAUGUAAUAGACUGUGUGGUGUCUCAUCAGCAACCAGCUUUUGAUCAUCCUAUGUUGAAGGGACACAAACCACUGGAUCCUCCCGAAAGGCCUAAAGGUCAUAACCAAAGGGACCUAUUGAGUGAGAAUUUUCAGCUAUGGACCAUGUCAGGGGAGUCAUGUCCAGAAGGUACAAUUCCAAUUAGAAGAACAAAAGAAGAAGACAUGUUAAGAGCUAGUUCUGUAAGCAGAUUUGGAAGGAAAAUAAGCAGGCGUGUUAGAAGGGACACCAGCAGCAAUGGCCACGAGCAUGCAGUUGGGUAUGUGAGUGGAGAACAGUACUAUGGAGCAAAGGCUAGCAUAAACGUGUGGGCACCCCGUGUGGCAAAUCAGGAUGAAUUCAGCCUGUCCCAAAUGUGGGUCAUAUCUGGUUCAUUUGGGGAUGAUCUCAACACUAUUGAAGCUGGUUGGCAGGUCAGCCCCGAGCUCUAUGGGGACAGAUACCCCAGAUUCUUUACUUAUUGGACGAGUGAUGCAUAUCAAGCAACUGGAUGCUACAAUUUACUGUGCUCAGGUUUUGUUCAAACUAACAAUAGAAUUGCAAUUGGGGCUGCAAUUUCUCCAACUUCUUCCUAUGCCGGUGGGCAAUUUGAUAUUAGUUUGCUGAUUUGGAAGGAUCCAAAGCAUGGGAAUUGGUGGCUUGAAUUCGGAUCCGGAAUCUUAGUCGGGUAUUGGCCAUCGUUCUUGUUCACACACCUGAGGGAUCAUGCAAGCAUGGUGCAAUUUGGUGGAGAAGUGGUGAAUUCAAGGCAAUCAGGCUCUCACACUUCAACCCAAAUGGGUAGUGGUCAUUUUGCAAGUGAAGGGUUUGGAAAAGCUUCAUACUUUAGGAAUAUGCAAGUUGUGGAUUGGGACAACAACUUGGUACCCUUGUCAAAUCUUAGGGUUCUAGCAGAUCACCCCAAUUGCUAUGACAUUCAAGGAGGGAUUAAUAAUGUUUGGGGGAAUUACUUUUACUAUGGUGGACCUGGGAGAAAUGUGAGAUGUCCCUAAGGGGAUGAAUUUUUUUUAAUUUUUUUUUCUUUAAUUUUAUAUUUGGUCAUUUUUGGGUUUGGGUGACAUUGGUUUUCCUUCUCAAGGGCAUGCAAGAAGCUUGGGUCAUGGGGUCAUUUAUUCUUAUAUUUAAUUUACAUUUGUUUGUUAAUCAACGAUUUUUUUUUUAUUUUGACUAACCAGUCACCCAUUGAUUAUACCAUUACCACCUGGACUCCUAUGUAAAUCUUUAAAGAGAAAUAGUAAAUAUAUUUCUUCGUUUUUCUA